UUGCCUCGUCUGUAUAGAGUUCCGGUCUGUAGUAAUAUUCGUUCUAAUAAAAAAAGUUCCGACAAUGGAUUAUUGAAUUAGAAGCAUUUUGAAGAGAGAACGUUUAAAAAACAAUCCAAAAUCCGUUUGUGAAUAAUCUUUGAGAAGCUUGCAUGCGCUGGUCACAGAAAGCAAUUCAAACUUAAAUUAGCGAGUUAGGAAACUGCAAUGGAAAUAUUAGGGAGCACGUUUGAUGAUUCUGUUUUUGAAGAAUCCAGAAAUAAGAUCUCCAUUUCUCUUCCAUCUUAUAACGCAAAAUUAUGUGAACCAGAGUGGUUUUGUGAAAGCAUUACCACAGAGGAUGAGUUGGAGAAACAGAAAGGCUUCAAAUUUCGGGCAGAGCUGGCUUACAGUCGAAAAGACUAUCAGACAGCACUGGGAGAUUACUCCAGAUGUCUCGCCUUGGUGCCAGAGGGCAACCUCACCAUCAGACGCGACGUUUUGGAGGGCCAGGCGCGAUGCUGCUGCUACCUUGGCAGACGGGAAGAGGCAUUGGAGAUAAUCGACAAACUAAAAAAAGAAGCAACCAACACUUGCCACCUGACCUGCGUUUUAAACCUGGAGCUGGCUAUCAGUCAACACUUCGGGGAACUCCGGGAGGAGAUAUCAGUGCUGCAGCACCUCAUUUCCCUCCAUCCCUACAACCCCUGGGAGUGGAAGAAGCUGGCAGAGGCAUCUCUCAGGCUUCUGCAGUCCCUCUUAGCUGCCUCCAGCUCUGGCGUGCACUUCCUUGGAGAUGGACAAGAAGAAAGAACAGACUGUGAGGGGUCCUCAAACCUGCCAGAGAGGAACCAUCAAAACUCAAAGAUGGGUCCUGGGGAGCAUACAGAGGGAAGGGGAAGAUGUGUUGGGCUGGGCUGUACACAGAGGGACAGCGCUGGAGCCCACUGUGUGGCAGGCCAGAUCAGCACCAGAACGCAGGAUCAACACAAGGAAGAGUGUGAAAGUGUGUGGCUAAAGGCAUGCAUGUGCUUCAUCAGAACCAGGCUUCUCCUCCGGAUGCUGCGCUUCCAGCAGUCUUCCUUUGUGCUGAAGAGCAGCGAGAAGGCUGUGCUGGCGGCUGAAGAGACACUGCAGUGGUUGGACCCACAGGAGAGCACACAUCAGCUCAUCACCGAGGUCAUGGGGAAGGAUCUGGUUGCAGAGAAGAUGAGAGAGGAUAACCAGGACGGCGAGAGUUUGGCUGGUCUGUGCAUCUCAGACUUUGAGGAGAAGUGGUUUAACAAAGUUAAACAGACCGUCCUGCUGAUUGAUGACUCAUUGAGUAGAGCAGCUCAUCUAAAGAUGCUGAAGGUCACCGCGCCCCUCGUGGAGUAACCGAGUCAGCAUGUCUCCCCAGAGAAGACUUCGGUGGAGUUCAACCAAAGAGUUCCUCUCUAAAACAUCUGGACAGAGCAGUUACUUUGUGAGAUUAGUUUCUUGGAAUCUUGCUGAUUCUAACAUGUAUUAGCCCAAAUUACAUCACAGGUGAGUGGUUGAAUCAGCUUGAACCACUGCCUCCAACUGGAGUCCCACCUAUAAAAGAUCAUGAGUUGCAGGAUAAGUAACUGACUGUUGGUUUCUUGGGAAAGCACAAUCCUCGAAUUUGGACAGACUGAUCUCACAUCAGUGUCCACUUGGUCAGGCUAAUUGUACUCUUCGAUUAUAAGCCUGACCUGUGGCCAGUGGGGUUCCUCAGGUUGGUUGCAGCACUCCUACAGCUGCUGAACAAAAGAUGAGGUUUAGAGUCUUUAUAGUUAAUUUAUUUUACACUCUUUGUUUGUUUGGCAUCUUGUACUGUACCUGGAAAAUGUAACAAAUUAAAUAAAAAUUUUGAAAUCA